GUGUGUACUGUCCCUGGUUGUCCACUGUGUUUCUUAACCCUUUGCUGUCCAUACAUGGUUCGAGAGGAUCAGUAUCAUGGUGAUUCUGCUCAACUGUGUCACCCUGGGGAUGUACCAGCCCUGUGAGAACAUCGACUGCACUUCAGACCGCUGCCAGAUACUACAGGCGUUCGAUGCGUUCAUCUACAUCUUCUUUGCGUUGGAGAUGGUGGUGAAGAUGGUGGCGCUGGGAAUCUUCGGGAGACGCUGUUACCUUGGCGACACCUGGAACAGACUAGACUUCUUCAUCGUCAUGUCUGGGAUGGUGGAGUACUCGUUGGACCUGCAGAACAUCAACCUCUCAGCCAUCAGGACAGUCAGGGUCCUCAGACCCCUCAAAGCCAUCAACAGAGUACCCAGUAUGCGUAUCCUGGUGAAUCUCCUCCUGGACACUCUGCCCAUGCUGGGAAACGUCCUCCUGCUUUGUUUCUUCGUCUUCUUCAUCUUCGGCAUCAUUGGAGUGCAGCUUUGGGCGGGAUUACUGAGGAACCGAUGCUACCUCGAGAAAAACUUCACCCUUUCAUCAGGUCUGACCCUGCCCGCCCCGUACUACCAGCCGGAGGAGGAUGACGAGCGCCCCUUCAUCUGCUCUCUGGCUCAGGAUAACGGGAUCAUGUCGUGUGGUGACGUCCCGGCCCGGAGGGAGGGGGGAAGGACCUGCUGUCUGGACAGGGAGGAUGCCUACCACCGCCAGUCCCUGGGGCUCAUCCCUGAACCACUAGUCAACGGUUCAGCCAGUGCAGUGGGUCUCUGUAUCAACUGGAACCAGUACUAUACUAGAUGCCAUACUGGACAUAGUAAUCCACACAAGGGGGCGAUCAACUUCGAUAACAUCGUAUACGCCUGGAUUGUUAUCUUCCAGGUGAUCACCCUGGAAGGCUGGGUAGAGAUCAUGUACUAUGUAAUGGAUGCUCACUCCUUCUACAACUUCAUCUACUUCAUCUUCCUCAUCAUCAUUGGCUCGUUCUUCAUGAUCAACCUGUGUCUGGUGGUCAUCGCCACCCAGUUCAGUGAGACCAAGCAGCGGGAGCACCAGCUGAUGCAGGAGCAGCGGGCCCAGUGCCUGUCCUCCUCUACCCUGGCCAGCCUGCAUGAACCGGGGGACUGCUACGAAGAGCUCUUCCAGCUGGUCUGCCACAUGCUGCGCAAGGCCCGCAGGAGAUCUGUAGCCCUGUAUAACCAACUGAGGGGAAGGCCUCUGCCACCACCGCCCACUAGAGGGAGAGGAAGAGGAGGAGGAAGAGGAGGAGGGGAAGGAGGAGGGAGUGCGAACGGAGGGGAACGGCAUCACCUGAGGCAGCCACGACAAUCUCACUGUCCUCACCAAAGCAAGCUGGACCCAAUCCACAGCUCCCAACCCCUGGGCAACUCCAUCGCCCUGGCCGUCCCUCAGAACACAGAGGACUGCCCUCAGUGCGCUGCGGCACUGUCACUCAGGGAAGGGGCGGGAGCUGUGGGCGACUCGGCUAAUGGGGAGGAGGAGGAGGGGGCCGUGGAGGAGACGGACAGGGAGGAGAACCACUUGGAGGAGAAAGUGGAAGAGGGGGAGGGAGUGAAGAAGAAGAGGAAGAGGAGGUCGUGUUUUGGACACUGUAAGGACAUGUGGGAUGAGAUGAGGAAGAAACUUUGGGGCAUCGUGGAGAGCAAAUACUUCAACAGAGGAAUCAUGAUCGCUAUUCUCAUCAAUACUAUCAGCAUGGGGAUAGAACACCACAACCAGCCGGAGGAGCUGACUAACGUGUUGGAGAUCAGUAACAUUGUGUUCACCAGUAUGUUCACCCUGGAAAUGAUCCUCAAGCUGACCGCCUUUGGCUUCUUCGCCUACCUGAGGAACCCCUACAACAUCUUCGACGGCAUCAUCGUCAUCAUCAGUGUGUGUGAGAUCAUAGGUCAGUCUGAUGGAGGUCUGUCUGUCCUGAGGACCUUCAGGCUGUUGAGGGUGAUCAAGCUGGUGCGCUUCAUGCCAGCACUACGCAGACAGCUGGUGGUGCUGAUGAAGACCAUGGACAACGUGGCCACCUUCUGCAUGCUCCUCAUGCUCUUCAUAUUCAUCUUCAGUAUCCUGGGGAUGCAUAUCUUUGGCUGUAAGUUCAGUCUGAAGACAGAGACUGGAGACACUGUUCCUGACAGGAAGAACUUUGACUCUCUACUGUGGGCCAUUGUCACUGUGUUUCAGAUUCUGACUCAGGAAGACUGGAACAUGGUGCUGUAUAAUGGAAUGGCCUCCACCUCUCCCUGUGCUGCUCUCUACUUUGUGGCUCUAAUGACCUUUGGCAACUACGUCCUCUUCAACCUGCUGGUGGCCAUCUUGGUAGAGGGCUUUCAGGCUGAAGGGGAUGCCAACCGGUCGUACUCCGAAGACGACAGGUCCUCAUGUAACUUUGACGAGAACUCUGAGAAGCUGAAGGACUCUCUUCAUCUCUCUGACCCUAAGAUCUGCACCCUAACCCCCAACGGUCACCUGGACCUGUCCCCAACGCCCACGGGUCUGUACACGGCCGACAGGCUCACUUUCGCUCUGGGCUCACGCAAAAACAGUGUCAUCUCUCUGGGCAGGGCUAACCUGGAGGGCAGGGCUAACCUGGAGGGCAGGGCUCUGUGUCGGGGGAGCAGCUCCCUGUACCACAACUGGGGCCGUCCUGCCUCCCAGACCCAGGCAAUGUGGGGCCGGCGGUCUAGCUGGAACAGCCUGGGUCGCCCCUCCCGUGCCUUGGGCCUGGGAUUGGGGGUAGGAGGAGGGGGUAGCCUGCGCUCCCGCAGCCCCCACGCCACCAACCCGGCCGAGCAGGAGUCCCUCCUCUCCCCCCCUCACCCUCCUCCGCACCUCGCCCACCCUCCUCCCCUCCUGGCCCUAAACUUUGUCCCGCGGCGGGACCGCCGGGCGCUGUCCUUGGAGCUGCCGGAGCUCCUCCAGGUCCCGGGGACCCCUCUGGCGUCAAUGCUGCCUUACCCCAGGAAGAAGAGCUUCUCCAGUGGGUUGGUUGGUGGAGGGGCUGGGGGGGAGCACCAGGACUGCAAUGGGAAGGCCCCAUCGGCCCAGCUCCAGCUUCAACUUCAGCUGCCGCCACAUCCCCAUCCCCAUCCACAGCUACUGACAGAGGUGUUCCCUCAGGUCAACACACGCAAGGACAGAGAGGACCUGGAUGAUGACAUCGACUAUAGUCUGUGUUUCCGUAUCCAGAAGAUGAUGGAGGUGUACAGGCCAGAGUGGUGUGAGACCAGAGAGGACUGGUCUGUCUUCCUCUUCUCUCCUCAGAACAGGUUCAGGCGGGUAUGCCAGUCCAUCAUAGCCUACAAGAUGUUUGACUAUGUGGUGCUAGCGUUCAUCUUCUCCAACUGCAUCACCGUGGCUCUGGAGAGACCUAAGAUCAUGCAGGGCAGCCUGGAAAGAGUCUUCCUAACCAUCUCCAACUACGUCUUCACAGCCAUCUUUGUAGCAGAGAUGACGCUCAAGGUGGUGUCUAUGGGCCUGUAUAUAGGGGAACAGGCAUACCUGAAAAGCAGCUGGAACGUGUUGGACGGCUUCCUGGUCUUUGUGUCAUUGAUUGACAUUGUGGUGUCAAUGGCGGGCGGGGCUAAGAUCCUGGGGGUAUUGAGGGUUCUCCGAUUGCUCCGCACACUGCGCCCCCUCAGGGUGAUCAGUCGAGCCCCAGGUCUGAAGCUGGUAGUGGAGACUCUAAUAACAUCUCUGAAACCUAUAGGAAACAUUGUCCUUAUCUGCUGUGCUUUCUUCAUCAUAUUUGGUAUCCUGGGGGUGCAGCUGUUCAAAGGGAAGUUCUUCUACUGCUUUGGCCCCGAUGUCAAGAACAUCACCAACAAGUCUGACUGUCUGCAGGCCAACUACAAAUGGGUCCAUCACAAGUACAACUUUGACAACCUGGGACAGGCUCUGAUGUCACUGUUUGUGCUGGCUUCGAAGGACGGCUGGGUCAACAUCAUGUACCAUGGCCUGGAUGCUGUAGGGGUGGACCAACAGCCAGUGAUCAACAACAGUCCGUGGAUGCUCCUCUACUUCAUCUCCUUCCUCCUCAUUGUCAGUUUCUUCGUUCUCAACAUGUUUGUGGGCGUGGUGGUGGAGAACUUCCACAAGUGCCGUCAGAACCAGGAAGUGGAAGAGGCUAAAAGGAGAGAGGAUAAACGACGGAGACGCAUGGAGAAGAAGAGGAGGGAUGCCCAGAAGAUCCCCUACUAUGCCAGCUACAGCCCCCUCCGCCUGUGGAUCCACACUCUGUGUACCACCUACUACCUGGACCUCUUCAUCACCUUCAUCAUCUGUAUCAACGUCAUCACCAUGUCACUGGAACACUACAGCCAGCCACGAUCUCUGGAUCUAGUGUUGAAGUACUGUAACUAUUUCUUCACAUCCACCUUUGUACUGGAGACCCUCCUGAAGCUCACCGCCUUUGGCUUCCGACGCUUCUUUAAAGACAGGUGGAACCAGUUGGAUCUGGCCAUCGUGUUGCUGUCAGUGAUGGGCAUCACUCUGGAGGAGAUUGACUACAGCGCUUCUCUCCCCAUCAACCCUACCAUCAUACGCAUCAUGAGGGUGUUGAGGAUCGCACGAGUUCUGAAGCUGCUGAAGAUGGCUAAAGGAAUGAGAGCUCUGCUGGAUACGGUGGUCCAAGCCCUACCACAGGUGGGGAACCUGGGUCUGCUCUUCAUGCUCCUGUUCUUCAUCUAUGCAGCACUGGGGGUUGAGCUGUUUGGAGAACUGGUGUGUAACGAGGACUACCCAUGUGAGGGGAUGAGCCGCCAUGCUACCUUUGAGAACUUUGGCAUGGCCUUCCUCACUCUGUUCCAGGUCUCCACUGGGGACAACUGGAAUGGGAUCAUGAAGGACACGUUGAGGGAGUGCCCUCCGGACUACGGGCCUGACUACUCCUGCAACCCCAGCCUGCAGUUCAUCUCUCCCAUGUACUUUGUGUCCUUUGUGUUGACGGCCCAGUUCGUCCUGAUCAACGUGGUGGUGGCGGUGUUGAUGAAGCACCUGGACGACUCCAACAAGGAGGCCAAGGAGGAGGCGGAGAUGGACGCUGAGAUUGAGCUGGAGCUGGCCACGGGGGCCCUAUGCUGCAUGGGGCCGGAGGAGUCUGUUCAGGAGGGAAAAAAAGGUGGAGGAGCAGGGGGAGGUGGAGGAGCAGGGGGAGGUGGGGGAGGUGGAGGAGGAGUGGAGAGAGGGAUGGGAGUCCCAGGCAGUUCCUCUGGGGGGAAUAUGCAUCAUCACGUGGCAACGACGCAUCCAGGAACACUGCAAGAUCUGAACAAUCGUGAUCCCUACUCUCCUGCACAGGAGAGUCAGUGGCUGGACAGUGUGUCUCUGCUGAUAAAGGACUCAUUUGAAGGAGAGAUGCUGAUGAUUGACAACCUCUCUGGAUCUGUCUUCCAUCACUACUCUUCUACCUCUCCUCCUGUCUGGAAUGACUGUAAGAGCCACCCACAAUUAGAGCAGAUCAGGCUGGCAGAGAUAGAGCAGGCAUCUCUGAGGUCAGACCAAAUGUCAGACAAGUCGUCGUCUCCGGCCCUACCUGAUGACCUCAGCCUGGACGACCAGAGUGUCCACCAGCUGCUGGUGCGGGAGGGCAAGGAGGAGAAGGGCAGUGACUCCCAGGGCUCAGAGGAGGCUGGCGGAGGAGGGGACUCCUUGACCCAGGCCCAGACAGGGGGGUCGAGGCGCUGCAGGGCCCACAGUUCAGUAGCCGAGGAGGGGGCUCCACUCCUGGUGGAGGUGGGGGUCCAUCAGAGACACAAGACCCCAUCCCACCACAGCCCUGGUGGCACCUCCUGCAGUAGCACUAAGGCAGGAGAAGGAUCAGAUGAGGGAGGAAGAGGAGGAGGAGGAAGAGUAGGAGCGGCCAGUGCCUCUGGUUCUCCCGCUCUUAUCCGUCUGCCAGCGGAGUUCUUCCACCCUGUGGCAGCAGCGGCCCUGCCGGCGCCCCCUAGGGCCAGAGUAGGGCGCACCUCGCGGGGCCUCAGACUCACCUCCCCGGCCUCCUGGUCCUCCCUGCGCUCCCCAGGAGCCCACAGCCGGGUGCUCUGCACACAGUACCCGUCCCAUAGUGACUCAUCUCUGGCCACGGGGAGCUCCGAUGGCAGCCUCCAGACCACCCUGGAGGAAGGACUCAGCUUCAGUGUUUCGCCCCCUCAAGACCUGGUGUCCCCCCUCCCCCCUCUCCCCCUGCUCUGCCCCCCGCUCCCUGAGGAUCCCACCAGCUGCCCAGCAGGCCAGACUUUGAGACCACGGCCCAGCCCCUCGUCAGGCCCUGCCCUCACCCUCCAGGCCACUCGGGGCCACCAGCGGAGCCAGAGCAGCGGCAGGGGUAGCAUCAGCCCCGGCUACAACCGGGAGGACUCCAUGGACCCCGUUCCAUGUGACCUGGAGGACCUGGGCAUCGGGAUCAGUUCGUCCAUCGGGGGGUGUGGCUCCAGCCAGGCGGGCAACAGCGAACACAUGUCGGAGACGCUAAGCAGCCUGUCGCUCACAUCGUUGCUCUCGCCCGCCUCCCUGGCCCCCCCGGGGGUGAAGAAAUGCAACAGCACGGGGAGCUUGAACCAGGGGGCGAGGAGGGGGGAGGGGAGACAGAUCCUAGGGUUGGAGUUGGACCACCAGGGCUUCCUGGCCAACCCUUGGGGAGAGAGUGGGGGAGGCAGAGGAGAGGAGGGACAGUUGGGAGAGGCGCCAGGCCUCAAGGGGAAAAGCUCAAGCCAAACAACAGUAGGGUCCUGUAGUAAAAACAGAUGAAGCCAGAAUCCCUUGUUGUCUACUACCGCUCCUAUUAGGAUUCAUCAACCCAUUACUGUUCCUCUCCGUCCCCCUCAGGCAGAGAGAAGUUUGACGUUUUUGACAACGUGUGAUGUAAUCCCGUGAAUUCCUAUAACCAAACCCCUCCUUCUCUCUAUAUAUUUAUGUUUAUGACCCCCCCUGUCCCAUUUUGUGCUACCCUGUGGCAGUGGUUCAGGUGUGGAGGGUUAGAGGUCAAACGGUGGAAGGUUAAAGGGGAUUACAGGUGUGACCCCUGUGGUGGUGGGGGGGGCUGGGAUGGACUCGUACCCCUCUGGAGGAGAAGGACCCCCAGAGUAGGAGACAGACCAGGAGGGCUGCAUCAUCAUAUCAGGGAGAUAUACAUAGAAGACGUAGACAGAGACAAGCUGAGACAGAGAUCUAACGAGAACAUUUUGUCUUAUCGUCAUUCCUGUUUUCCUGUUUGUUUUAAUUUUUUCUUCGGCUUCACAGAAGUUUAAAAUGCAAAAAUAGAAUAUCUAACAAAACUGAGCUGAUCAAGCCAACAGAUUUAUUUAUUUUUCAGUGUGGCUGUACAUCAUGGUGUAGGAGGAGGCUGUAUGUAUGUUGCGGUGUAGGAUGAACCUGAAUGUACGUCACAGUGUAGGAGGAGGAAGUUUCUCCUGGAGGGCUGAAGACAGAUCUGUUGUAGCAGACGGAGGCUACAGGUCCUUGUGUGUGGAGUGGAGGAGGGGUGAGGAGGUCUAGAUUGAACAGAGGUAGUGUAGAGUUCACCUGAGAAGGAGUUGUUAUAGUGGAAGAGCUGAGACUUAGGUAGCAAAAGCAUGCGUUAACUUAUCAUCACCAUCACCUAACCCCUUCCCUCCAUCUGUACUUUUCAGGAAGGAGUGUGUGUGUGUGUGUGUGUGUGUGUGUGUGUGUGUGUGUGUGUGUGUGUGUGUGUGUGUGUGUGUGUGUGUGUGUGUGUGUGUGUGUGUGUGUGUGUGUGUGUGUGCGUGUGUCUAAGUCAUAGUACAACAGGAAAAAGAGAGACAGAGAGAUAGAGACCAUACUAAGAUCACAUCCCUGCAUGCAGCAGUUUGUGAAAUAGGCUCUUUUAUCCCGAAGUCACUCACUCAGAGAGAAGGACAGGGAGUGAAUGAGAGAGACAGGACAGCCUGCAAAAUCCACUCACAGUAGGAGAGCCUCUCUGUCAAAGACACUGGCUCUCCUGAGACAAACAAACUGAGGAGACGAGACGAGCACCAUUCACUCUGGGAGAUGAAAAACUCACACCUGCAUACAGUUGCUUCACAAUGGAAUGUGUGUGAAAUUCAAACCUGUCACUUCUUUCUCUUUGUCACUUUGCGAGAAUAAGAAAGGAAGAAUAUAUCAGAGAUAUGAAUUCCAGACCAAUAGAACCUCCUAGAAGAUGGAGGCAGUUUGCCUGCAUGAUGGAAUUAUUGCAUUUUACUCAAGAGUUUUAAUAUAUAUACCGAAGUGUAUCAAGAUGUCAAUGUUGGGAUGAUAAUUAUAAAGUGGUUUCUAUUCCAAUAUUUUUUUAGAAUACAGAAUAGGAGCGUGACAGUGUUGUCAUGACUUUGUCCUUAACCUAUACCUUACCCGUACGAUUUCUCGUAUAACUUAUUGUCGAAAACCAUUUGUCUGCGAGUGGCUUUCAGUUUUAUAAUGUGGGGUUAAAAAUAUAUACUUUUUAUUAUUAAAAGUGUGUGGAGAGAACAACCAAGCAAAAAAAUGUAAAUAAGCUCUGUGCGCUGAAAAAAAAGUUCCCUUAGGCACACGUAACUUUGGGAAUUUUGGUUCCUCCUGGAAUUUUGGAUUUUGGAAUCCCAAAUGAAGACCAAAGGAGGGAAGGGCCAUAAUUUCGCAGCACAGGAGAACAUUUCCCAAUCACAGACAUUCCCGGGACGAACAGGGAACAUUGUCGCUUAGCUUAGCCUCCUAUGCUAACACCAAGACGAAAAAACAUUGUUGAUCUUUUUGAAAGCUUUAAUUUGAGUGUCAUACCAAUACAUGAUGACACAUCUAAUUAUUGACACAUCAAUGUUCCUUAGCAUGGUUAUGGGAUUGCAAUAGGAUGCUUCUCCUUGUUUAAAAGAUGCGUAAUUCACUCACCCCCUCUAUCUCUCUCUCUAACACACAUCUGUAGUAGCAAACCCUAGUUUUGAUAUCAAGCUGUCACUGUAACGAUGAAUAAACAUUGCAUCUUUUCCCAACCUUUUGGUAUGCCACUCAGUAAAUCUGAGAUGAAGUGGCCAUCUUAGCCUGACCUAGAAUACACUCUUGUAUCCCUAGUGGGGUUUUUUUUUGGGGGGGGGGGGUUCAUUGAGGUGAUGAGCAAAGUUCGGUUUGACCUGUUUAAUGAACUUCAUUGUCAUUUAAUUGAAUCACUGGUGAUUGUCUUUAACAUGUUUGUAACAUGUGGGAUAUCAGUGAGUGAUUAUUGCUAUGGGUUGUCUGUUACUAUAACUUCAGGAGAUGCCACUUUAUUAUUAUAGACCACACCUGGACCGUCUUGGUUAAUGGUGGUGGGAAUAGGUAGAAGUUGCCCCUAACCACUGAUACAGGGUCAGAUAUUAGUUCAUCCCCUUAAUGUUUAAGGUUAGAAUAAAGGGUUGAGUAAUCUGAUCCCAGAUCUGUGGUUAGGGGCGACUGCAACCUCAAGGUGUAAAACAUGAGCGUGUGGGUUGACAGGAACCAUAACGUGACCUUGAAGGGCUGUUUUAGCUUCAAAGAUGUUCUCAUAAAUGACGAGACAAACCUCUAAGUCAAUGACUAUGGCAUCAAAGGUAAGCCUAACGGCACAGCAAUAAAUGUUCUAUGUGUUUGCCCUGAGUA